GCUCGCCUGGCAGUCGGAAGAGUGUAAAUAUCCAUAAAAAAUGUUUCCUGUGACCCAAAUUCUGGUGAUUUCCACCCUGGUCUUGGCAUCAGUCCUUGCCUCGCCGCCUCCUCCCAUUAUUCCUGUAAACCGAGCAGCCACGGCAAGCGCGUCUGGUGCUGGCAACUUGUAUGCUGCCCCUGCCGUUAGACCGUUGACAAUCACGGUCACUCAAACCACCACCAUCGACCGUUCCGUUGUCAUCACGGACACUGCCUACAACAGCGUCCCCGUCACCAUUACCGAUUUCUCGCUGUGGACAUCCACAUUACCUUCGAGAGUGGUUGUGCAGACGCCAGUGGACGACGAUGUAGCCAUCCAGACAAAGCUCGUGUCAAAGCCUACAACCAUAACUGUUGUCGACAAUGUGUCCAACAUCAAGGUCGUGACUGACAUCUCGGUCGAACACUACACCAUCACGCACAGCUACUAUAACAUCAUGCAGUCGACCUACACUCGAACAACUACACAGGCGAUUACUCUCUCAUCUACGCUAGUGAGGACGAAUAUCAGGACGGACACGCAGACCUCGACUGCCUUCCGCACCGCUUACAAUACCGUGUACGUGCAGGGAUCUUAUCAAUAGAUGACGUUAAAAAAAUUAGUGGAGGUCACUACUCGCCAGAUCUGGGUCAGCCAGGACUACGCAAUAAAAGUAACACGACAA